ACAAUUGCAAAAUAUCAAAAUAUUAUUUUAGACCUUUUAGACAGAGCUCAGAGUUCAAGUCAAACGGUAAUCAGAAAUUGUGACAUCGGAGUAUGAUGUAGUGGAUAUAAAAUCUCCGUCAAGAGUUUAACAUUUCUUAGUUUUACGGAGACUCUCGUCGAUAACGUGGCAAUAUCGUGAGUCACACGACGCGGUCGUUCUUCUCGACAAUUUGUGUGUGCAUGUUAUUUUCUAUCAAAAAUUACAAUGUUGUACACUUCGAAGAUGGCAAGGUGUUGCAGAUUACUGCACAAACACAAUAUCGCGACUCGACACGCGCGUGGAUUGCAAUCAAGUAGUUCGCAGAGGGAGAAACUCGAAGGAAUGCUUCCGCAAAAGGAAGAAUUCCAAGUGAGACAUAUUGGACCAAGGGAACAUGAACAGUUAAAAAUGCUGCGAACCAUCGGAUACAAGAGCCUUAAUGAACUAACGGAAGCGGCGGUACCGGCUAAAAUUCUCCACAAGAAAGACUUGAGCAUUGACGAGCCUCUCACCGAGUACGAGCUGAUGAAGCGAGUCACAAAAAUUUCGGAAGAAAAUGAAGUAUGGCGUUCUUACAUAGGCAUGGGCUACAACAAUUGCUGUGUGCCGCACACGAUUAUGCGCAAUAUCUUUGAAAAUCCAGGAUGGACGACGCAGUACACUCCUUAUCAGCCGGAGAUCUCGCAGGGAAGGCUGGAAGGUUUGCUCAACUACCAGACCAUGAUAUGCGAUUUAACCGGGAUGGAAGUGGCGAAUGCUUCCCUCUUGGACGAAGGGACGGCAGCGGCCGAAGCUUUGACCCUCGCCUGCAGGUACAACAGACGGAAGAAGUUGUUCGUCUCCGACAAGGCGCAUCCGCAGACUGUCAGCGUGGUCGCGACGCGUGCCACUUCCUUGGGCCUCACCCUGGAAAUUGGAGAUGUCUUUAGAGUGGACACGAGCGCGAAGGACAUCGCCGGUAUCCUCAUACAAUAUCCCGACACGAACGGCUGUAUACACGAUUUCACGGACAUUGUUCAGAAAGCGCAGGCUAACGGAACGCUUGUGUGCUCUGCCACCGAUCUGCUAGCGAUGGCUGUGCUUCAACCACCGAGCGAAUUCGGAGUCGACAUAUGCGUGGGCACCAGUCAACGUUUCGGAGUUCCUCUCGGAUACGGCGGACCCCACGCUGGAUUCUUCGCCUGCCGGCAGAAGCUGGUGCGGCUGAUGCCCGGCAGGAUGAUAGGUGUGACGAGAGACUCCGGCGGGCGAGAGGCUUACCGGUUGGCCCUUCAGACGCGUGAGCAACACAUCAGAAGGGACAAAGCCACCAGUAAUAUUUGCACUGCACAAGCUUUGUUGGCUAAUAUGUCUGCGAUGUAUGCGGUGUACCAUGGACCACAAGGUAUACGAAACAUCGCGAGCAGAGUGCACAAUUUAACGUUGGUUCUUGUUAACGGCUUGGAAACAGCGGGUAACAUGAUCAAGAAUAUAUAUUUCUUCGACACCAUCAGAGUGUCGCCGAAGAUCCCUAUUCAGACGGUGAAGGAGAACGCGAGGGAAGCUAAGAUAAACUUAAGAUACCAUAACGACGGUACAGUUGGAAUAUCUCUCGAUGAGACAACGACGAUAGAGGACGUGAAUGAUCUCUUUAAGAUAUUCUCGGCGAAUACCACGGUGAAUAAUGUCGUCAGGAACGAAAGUUACCUUGCGAGAAGCUUGGACAAAUCGGACGACUUCCACCGUACCAUUCCGUACCUGCAACACCCUGUCUUCAACAGCUAUCAUUCCGAGACAAGGAUAGUUAGAUACAUGAAAUCUCUGGAGAACAAGGAUGUAUCUCUUGUACAUAGCAUGAUUCCAUUGGGUUCCUGCACGAUGAAACUCAACUCGACAACGGAGAUGAUGCCUUGCAGCUUGAAAGGCUUCACAGACAUACAUCCCUUCGCUCCGGUCGAACAGGCCAAGGGUUAUCAGCGACUGUUUGCCGAACUGGAGCAAGAUCUGUGCGCGAUUACUGGCUACGACGCCGUCAGUUUCCAACCGAAUAGCGGGGCUCAGGGUGAAUAUGCAGGCUUGAGGGCGAUACAGUGUUAUCACGAGUCCAGGGGUGACAAGUGCAGGCAGGUGUGCUUGAUCCCGACAUCGGCGCACGGCACGAAUCCCGCGUCCGCCCAAAUGGCGGGUAUGCAGGUGGAGCCGAUUUUCGUGCGCAAGGACGGUUCUGUCGACAUGGCGCACUUGACGGAGAUGGUUGACAAGUACCGGCAGACUUUGUCGUGCUUGAUGAUAACGUAUCCAUCGACGAACGGUGUGUUCGAGGAGACGGUCGGCGACAUAUGCGACAUGGUGCACACCGCUGGCGGACAAGUGUACUUAGACGGCGCCAACAUGAAUGCUCAGGUCGGCCUGUGUCGGCCCGGCGAUUACGGCAGCGACGUGUCGCAUCUCAACUUGCACAAAACCUUCUGCAUUCCUCACGGAGGUGGUGGGCCCGGUAUGGGUCCUAUCGGAGUAAAGAAACAUCUUACACCUUUCCUACCGAGUCAUCCAGUAAUAAAUUGUUCGGGCAAUGGCGACAACAACGACGACAUUAGGACUCUAGGUGCUGUCUCGGCUGCGCCUUUCGGAUCGUCCGCUAUUUUACCGAUCUCAUGGGCUUAUAUCAAGAUGAUGGGCCCGAAAGGUUUACGCAAAGCUACGCAGGUGGCUAUUCUCAAUGCCAAUUACAUGAGCAAGAGACUGGAGGGACAUUACAAAACGUUGUAUAAAGGAGAGGCCGGGCUAGUCGCGCACGAGUUCAUUCUAGACGUGAGAGACCUAAAGAAGACUGCCAACAUCGAAGCAGUUGACAUUGCCAAGAGAUUGAUGGAUUAUGGUUUCCACGCGCCGACCAUGAGCUGGCCUGUUGCUGGGACUUUAAUGGUCGAGCCGACUGAAUCUGAGGAUAAGACUGAGCUGGAUAGAUUUUGCGAUUCUCUAAUUUCUAUAAGAAACGAGAUUGCCGAUAUCGAAGGAGGAAAGUUAGAUAUUGUGCAGAAUCCUUUGAAAAUGGCACCUCAUACGCAGGAACAAGUGAUCACGAGCGAAUGGAAUAGACUGUAUUCACGAGAGUUAGCGGCUUUUCCCGCUCCAUUUGUGCGAAAAAACAAGAUUUGGCCAAGCGUCGGAAGGAUAGACGAUAUAUAUGGCGACAAGAAUCUGUUCUGUACGUGCCCACCUAUUCUGCCAGAGCAGUAGCCGUGACGUCGUUAUCGCACAACAUGUACAGUUAGCUUUAUAUAAUAGGACUAGUUAAAUAUUUAUUAUCACUU